AUGCAACUCCCUCAAUCAUCACCUCAGUACUGCCAGAGACCACCUUCAACAAGAAUAUACAUACGUAUAUUUGGUGCAUUACAGGAUCCGCAAAACAAGGAGAUGAAAAAAAAAAAGAGUAUGCAUUCAUCCCAGGGCAGGACGAACCCGAUAUUAACGAUGCACGCACGAAAAAACACUAUUCGCACGAAUUCAACGGACAGUAAUAGUUUCACUUCAACAAAGACCUUUCUCGGUGUGGUGUUCAGUCUUGGACUUUGGAGAGAUUUGUGGCGAUACCUUUGUGAGCCAUUAAUAGAUGUCAAUCGCUUUCGU